AUUGAUUUUGGGAUGUGAUGGAAGAUAUUGACGCUAGUUCGCUGGAAGUGGCCAAGUCUUCAUUCCUCUCUCUUCUGUCAAGAGUUGACCCCUGCGAGUCGCCAAGUUUUUUAGAAUGGGUCAUUCAGCAUUGUUCUAAUGUAAAUACCACUGGGAACACAGGAGAAACAACUAAUUACGCAUCUAUGACUUCGGCGGAGAAAAGGUUGAGAGAGAUUGUGAAAGAUAUCAAAAAGAGGGUUCCUCUUCUAGGGGUCAUGGCAUCAGAGAACAUCUCUCAUCCAGAAGAGGAAGAAGAGAAUUCAGAGUUCCAUCCUUCCACUACAAUUCAUGUUGAUUCAUUCCUGUACAGUGAUGAAGACAUUGACAGACUUUGUGAUGAGGGCAAAAUGAGUCAUAACUACUGUAAAGAUUGUGGAUCUCACAAUACAGCUCCACUAACUUUUAUAUCACAUUCCUCAUCACUGGUGCAAUUAAGGUUCAUAUUUCAAGCAGCCCUUCCCAUGAUACUUAACACACUUAGUAACAAGUUGAUGUUAGAUGUUGGGUCAAGACUUGGAGCUGUGCUUUAUGGAGCAUAUCAUUUCAGCACAAUACAGAAGAUUAUUGGAGUAGAAAUCAAUUCAGAUUUGUGUAACUUGCAACAGGAGACAGUAGAAAAGUAUAACAUGUCAGAUCGAGUGGAGAUCAGAUGCGCUGAUAUUUGCAGUGAGCUUACCCUCUUGGAACAAGCUGAUGUUGUUGUUCUGAACAAUGUGUUUGAGUUCUUUCUACCUGUGGAUGAACAAAUUAGAACUUGGAAAAUUCUCAGAGAGCACUUGACAAAGCCUGGUUGUGUUUUAGUCACUGUGCCUAGUCUUGAAGAAGCCACAAUCUUCAAUGAUAAGGCUUGCAUUGAUCUAAACAGUUGGGUGAAGCCUUGUACAGUAAGCUACAAUGUAACAGAAAUCUCUUCUUGUGAUGAAGACAUUUAUGAACUACAAAACAUUUUCUUUUAUCAAGUGAGAUGAAAAAGGCCAGUCAAUGAUAGAAGUAUGUUCCAUGGCACAAGACAUCCAGUAAAAAGGCAAAGAUCUGACCAAAAAUAUUUCACAAUAUUUAUUUCAACAUAAUGCUGUUUACAACAAUAUUGCAAUAUUGGUACAUGGAGCAUGGAUCAUUUAAAAUAAAUCUCUCAAUAGCAUUUUUACAGCUGACAGUAUUUUGAUUAAGAUUUAUUUGUUAAUAAAACUGUUUUAUGCCCUCAUUCUUGUGCAAUACAAAGUAAUUUACAUUCUUAAGAUGUCUUAACCUGGUAUAUCCUGUGUGCCAGAGGGUUCGCCGCUCACAAUCACAGCUUCGCUACAAAAAAAAAAACCUCUGGCACCCAGGGUAAACCUGGUAAUACAUGCAUUCAUAAGCUCAAAUAACUACUAACAGUCUACAUUGUGGUUACCAGGUAUGGAAUAAUAUCCUUGUCAGAUCUUUCAGUUAAUUACCAUGCAAAUAAGGUCUGUGAUUGAUGCAUGUUUAGGCACAAUGUGUGCAAAGGGUAUGCUGGUAGCCCUCUGUACAAACUGUACCA